GCGCGGGCCUCCGUCCCUCCCCUCCCACCGCCUCCCUGCCCUUCUAGCCGCGCCUGGCUAAACUCGAUGGUUCGCUGCGCCGCGCCGGCCGCUCUAGCAACCCCUGGCUGUCACGCUUUGGUUUCCGGGUCGGUUCUGGCAGGUCUGAGCGCUCCGACUUCCAGAGGAGCGCUGUGCACGUGGAGAAGAGCGGGGACUCGGCGACCCUGCCCUCCCGACCCUCAUGUUCGAAGAGCCUGAGUGGGCCGAGGCGGCCCCAGUAGCCGCGGGCCUUGGGCCCGUAAUCUCACGACCUCCGCCUGCGGCCGCCUCGCAAAACAAGGGCUCCAAGCGCCGCCAGCUCUUGGCCACAUUACGGGCCCUAGAGGCAGCAUCUCUUUCCCAGCAUCCCCCCAGCCUAUGUAUAAGUGACUCUGAGGAGGAGGAGGAGGAAAGGAAGAAGAAAUGCCCCAAAAAGGCAUCAUUUGCCAGUGCCUCGGCUGAAGUAGGGAAGAAAGGGAAGAAGAAAUGUCAAAAACAGGGCCCACCUUGCAGUGACUCUGAGGAAGAAGUAGAAAGGAAGAAGAAAUGCCACAAACAGGCUCUUGUUGGCAGUGACUCUGCUGAAGAUGAGAAAAGAAAGAGGAAAUGCCAGAAACAUGCCCCUAUAAAUUCAGCCCAGCACCUGGACAAUGUUGACCAAACAGGUCCCAAAGCCUGGAAGGGUAGUACUACAAAUGAUCCACCAAAGCAAAGCCCUGGGUCCACUUCCCCUAAACCCCCUCAUACGUUAAGCCGCAAGCAGUGGCGGAACCGGCAAAAGAACAAGAGAAGAUGUAAGAACAAGUUUCAGCCACCUCAGGUGCCAGACCAGGCUCCAGCUGAGGCCCCCACAGAGAAGACAGAGGUGCCUCCUGUUCCCAGGACAGACAGCCAUGAGGCUCGGGCAGGGGCUUUGCGGGCCCGCAUGGCACAGCGGCUGGAUGGGGCCCGAUUUCGCUACCUCAAUGAACAGUUGUACUCAGGGCCCAGCAGUGCUGCACAGCGUCUCUUCCAGGAAGACCCUGAGGCUUUUCUUCUCUACCACCGCGGCUUCCAGAGCCAAGUGAAGAAGUGGCCACUGCAGCCAGUGGACCGCAUCGCCAGGGAUCUUCGCCAGCGGCCUGCAUCCCUAGUGGUGGCUGACUUCGGCUGUGGGGAUUGCCGCUUGGCUUCAAGUAUCCGGAACCCUGUGCAUUGCUUUGACUUGGCUUCUCUGGACCCUAGGGUCACUGUGUGUGACAUGGCCCAGGUUCCUCUGGAGGAUGAGUCUGUGGAUGUGGCUGUGUUUUGCCUUUCACUGAUGGGAACCAACAUCAGGGACUUCCUAGAGGAGGCAAAUAGAGUACUGAAGCCAGGGGGUCUCCUGAAAGUGGCUGAGGUCAGCAGCCGCUUUGAGGAUGUUCGAACCUUUCUGCGGGCUGUGACCAAGCUAGGCUUCAAGAUUGUCUCCAAGCUUUCCAGCUUUGAAAACCUGCAGCAUUCCCAUUGAAGCCAAGAACAAAAUAAGGAUGCCUACUGUAAUGGAUAAAGUUCAGCCUCGGACUGGACGUUCAACAGGUAAAAUAAAUCUACUCUGUAAUAGUAUAAGUUUGACUACAAUAAACUGUGGUUAAGAAGAAAAAUUGGCCGGGCGUGGUGGCUCAUGCCUGCCUGUAAUCCCAGCACUGUGGGAGGCCGAGGUGGGCGGAUCACAAGGUCAGGAGUUCAAGACCAGCUGACCAACACGGUGAAACCCCAUCUCUACUAAAAAUACAAAAAUUAGCUGAGCUCUGAUGGCACACACCUGUAAUCAGGAGGCUAAGGCAAGAGAAUUGCUUGACCCCAGGAGGUGGACAUUGCAGUGAGCCGAGAUCGCACCACUGUACUCCAGCCUGGGCGAUGGAGCAAGACUCAGUCUCAAAAAAAAAGAAAGAAAAAUUAUUGGAAGGAUAGCAAUGAGUAAUUCACAGAACUGUGAAGUCUGGAGGUGAGGCAUGAAACAGAUAGGAAUCAACAGAGGAUGAACCACUGCAAAAACUAAGGUAAUAUGUUAGAAUCAGUCUGGUAAGGAUGGCACUGCUGGCACCACUGCUAUUGGGCUUUUCUCUUGCUCUUGGUACAUAGAUUAAUGAGAAUUCUCAAUUAAUGAGAAUUGAGUUAAUCUUCCUCCUAAGUUCAUGACACUAUGUUAGGAUCAGUCCAUGAAAGCCCCCCUUCCUGUUCUUUUAUUUGUUCCCUUCAUUCCUGAUUUGCACUUCAGUUCCUCUUGGGUUCCCCCACAGUGCAUUCGUUAUAUGUCCCUAGACACAUAUGUGUCUUUGGCAAUAUAUAUGGUGGUUUUGGUGUAUGUAUGUUGUGGCAGAGACUUGCCAGCUGUUUCUAACACCCAUUUUCUUCCUGGGAAAUCAGCUGGAUUGUAUUUUCCAGCUUCCCUUAUAGUUAAGGGUGGCCAUGUGAUUGAGUCUAACCAGUUGGAUGGUAGUGAAACUAAUGUAUGUUAUUGCCAGACUUGGGUCCUUAAAUUUUCUUAUGCAUAGUCUCUCAUAUCAUAAUCAAAUUGCUGAGAGCCAAAGAUAAAACAUGGAAAAUAAUAGAAAGACACAUGUACAGAGAACAAGGAUAUGACUUAAAAGGCAAUGUCUCAUCAAAAACAAUGGAGGACAGAUGAUACUGGCAUGACAUAUUCAAAGUGCUUAAAAAGGAAAAAAUAUGUCAAACAAAAAUUCUAUAUCAAGCAGUUUUGUUGCCUGGACUCAACAUGAAAACAAGAUAAACACAUCUUGAAUGGGGCAGGAAGGAACAAAAACAAGAAAUUUAUUGCUAACAGACCUGCAUUACAAAAAAUUAGGUUCUUUGGGCUAAGGAAAAAUGGUACCAGAUGGUAACUCAGAUCCACAGAAAAAAAUAAAAAGCACCAGAAAUGGCAAAUAUGUGGACAAAUAUAAAAUCUCUCUAUUUUCUCUUCUUAUUUAUUUAAAAUACAUAGAACUAUUUAGAAAAAGUAUAACACUUAUGUAUUGGACUUAUAUAUUGAUUACAUAUACAUGGCAAUAGCUCAGAAGUUGGCGUGGGGUGGGGGAAUUUAUUGGAGUUAUAUUGCUGCAAGUUUACCAUAUUUUACCUGAAACAACUUAGAUUAUUACCCCUAAGUGGACUGCAAUGAGAUUUAUAGUGUAAUCCCACUAAAAUAUAAUGUGAGAGGAUUGCCUGAGGCCAGGAGUUUGAGACUAGCCUAGGCAACAUAGUGAGGACCUGUCGCUACAAAUAAUAAUAAUAAUAAUCAAAGCUCUCACCUCAAUAACCUAGGAAAAAAAUAGCAAAAUAAAUCCAAAGCAAGCAGAAGGAAGGAAAUAAUAAAGAUAAGAACAGAAAUCCAUGAAAUUAGAAACCGAAAAACAAUAGAGCAAGCCAAUGAAACAAAGGGCUGGUUCUUUGAAAAGAUCAAUAAAAUUACAAACCUCUAGCAAGACUGACAAAGAAAAAUAAAAGACACAAAUUACCAAUACCAGAAAUUAAAUAUCACUAUAGACUGUACAAACAUAAAAAAGUAAGGGAAUACUGCAAAACCUCUAUGCACAUGUUUUUGACAGUUUAGAUGAAAUGAAACAACUCCUCCAAACACAAAGUACCACAACUCAUGCAAUAUGAAAUAAAUAAUUGAAGUUGCCCUGUAACAACUCAGGAAAUUAAAUUUAUAAUUUAAAAAUUCCCAAGAAAAAAAAACUCCAGGCCCUGAUUGUUUCACUGGGGAAUUUUACCAAAUGUUUAAAGAAGAAAUAACGCUAAUUCUAUAAAAUCUUUUUCAGAAAAUGGAGAACACCCACCAAUUCAUUUUAUGAAGCUAAUAUUACUCUGACACCAAAACCAGAAAGAGAUGUUAUAAACAAAGAAAACUACAGACCAAUAUCUUUGAUUAAUAUAGGCACAAAGUUCUUAACAAAAUUGAAUGCAACAAUAUGUAAAAAAGAAUUAUACAUUAUAACCAAGUGGUGUUUAUUCUAGGGAUGGUUCAAUAAUAGAAAAUAAAUCAAUCAAUGUAAUCCAUCAUAUUUUAAGGCUAAAGAAGAAAAAAUUACAGAAUUAUAUCAACAGAUGCAGGAAAAAGUACUUAACAAAAUAUAAUACCCAUUUAUGAUAAAAACUCUCAGAAAACUAGGAAUAGAGGAAAACUUUUUUAACUCCAUAAAGACCAUCUAUAAAAAUACAUACAGCUAUUAUUACACUUAAUGGUGAAAAACCAGAUGCCUCUCCAUUAAGAUUAAAGAGAAGGCAAGGAUUUUCAAACUCAUCACUCUUAUUGAGUUUAAUAUAGUGCUACAAGUUCUAGCCGGUGCAAUAAGGCAAGAAAGAAAUAAAAGGUAUAUAAAUUAGAAAAGAAGAACUAAGCUGUCCCUAUUUGCAGAUGACAUGUUUGUCUACAUAGAAAAUCCCAAGGAAUCUACAGAAAAUGUUUAGAAUUAAUAAGUCAGCUGCGUGCGGCAGCUCACGCCUGUAAUCCCAGCACUUUGGGAGGCCGAGGCAGGCAGAUCACAAGGUCAAGAGAUCGAGACCAUCCUGGCCAACAUGGUGAAACCCCAUCUCUACCAAAAAUACAAAAAUUAACCAGGCGUAGUGGCAUGCACCUGUGGUUCCAGCUACUCAGGAGGCUAAGGCAGGAGAAUCACUUGAACCUGGGAGGCGGAGGUUGCGGUGAGCCGAGAUCAAGCCAUUGCACUCCAGCCUGGGCAAUGAGAGCAAAACUCAGUCUCAAACAAACAAACAAAAAUAAGUUGGUUCAGCAAGAUUGCAAAAUACAAAAUGAACAUAAAAACAAAAUACAAAAUAAACUAUUUCUAUAUACUAGAAAUGCACACAUAAAAAUAAAAUUCCAUUUACACUCAAAAAAAUACUUGCUGUAAAUCUAACAAAACAUGUAUAGAACUUCUAUGCUGAAAACUAUACAACACUGAUGAAAGAAAAGAUCUAAAUAGAGGGAAACAAAGAUCUACAUAGAAAACAAAGAUCUAAAUCCAUGUAUAUGGAUUGUAAAACUCAACAUAGUAAAGAUACCAGUUAUCCUCACAUAGAUAAAGAAGUCUAACAAUUCCUAUCAUAAUCCCAGCCAAGAUUUUUUGGAGACAAAGAAAAGAUUAUUCUAAAAUUUAUAUGGAAAGGUAAGGGAAUCAGAUAGCUAAGAUUUUGAAAAAUAAGAAUAAAGGGAGGACUGAAUCUACCCAAUUGUAAGACUUACUGUAGUUACGGUAAUCAAGAUUGUGUAGUAUUGGUGGAAGGAAAGAGAUAGAUACCUAAAUCAAUAGAAUAAGAUAGAGAACUCAGAAAUAAAGGCAUGCAAAUAUGUCCAACUUAUUCCUUUGUUUUUGACACAGGGGAUUCUAUAACUUUUAAUUAAUCAACUGAACUGAAUGGGUACACAUUUAUUAAAGCAUUUUAAAAGACUAGAACAAUAAUCAUGUCAUAAUCUACAAAUAUGAAUGUUGUUUUUAGAAUGGCUACUCCAUAUCCCUUUAUUUGGGUAUAUUAUAAUCUAACUAGUACUGUAUUAUUGGAUAUUUGUUUUCUCUGAUUUUUGUAAAUGUUCAUGUUCUCUGCAAUCAACAUCCUCUAUAUAUACAUGUUUAAGGACUUUUUUAAAAUCAAUUCUUUAGGGAAAAUAAUCUUAUAGGGGGAUUUACUGGAUCAAGGGCAAUGUACAAUUUAAAAGUUUUUUUUAUAUGUGUUGCUAAAUUGCCUUCCAGACUUAUUGAACAGAUUUAAAUUCUCAUCAGCAGUGUCUGAUAUUGUAGUGGGAAAACUUUUCAAUGAAGUAACGCCAAUUGAUCUAUAGCACUUUUGGUUGCUGAGAAUGUCUAAUAAAAGCAAAAGAACAAAUGAAACAAACUAUUUCCCAAUGCAGUGCUUCAUAACCCGGAUGCACCCAUUUCCUAUUCCUUAUGUUAUUCCUUACUUCUUCCAAUGUCUACUUUCUUUUUAAUUUUUAUGAGUAUGUAGUAUGUGAAUAUAUUUAUGGGGUACAUGAGAUAUUUUAUUACAGACAUACAAUGCAUAGUAAUCACAUCAGGGUAGAUGGAGUAUCCAUCACACCAAGCAUUUAUCCUUUUUUCUUUGUAUUACAAACAUUCCAAUCAUACUCCUUUGGUUAUUUUAAAAUGUACAAUAAAUUUUUGUUGACUGUAAUCACCCUGUUGUGCUAUCAAAUACUAGAUCUUAUCAUUCUAACUAUGAAUAUAUUUUUGUACCCAUUAUCCUCAUUUGUCUGCCCACCCCCCACACUGACCACCACUAUCUUUCCCAUUUUUCUACUCUUUAUCUCCAUGAGUUCAAUUGUUUUAAUUUUUAGCUCCCACAAAUGAGUGAGACCAUAUGUUACGGGGUCUUUGGGGUGUUGUUUUUCUGUCCAGAAACCUUUGUGGCCUGUAGCUUCUUUGCCCAAGUUUUGCUCGGGCCCGCUGGGCUCAUUUCACCCACUCAGCCUGGCAGGCUGUGCUUGGCUCACUCUACUGGCCUGGGUCCCAUGCCUGCCAAGAGCAAGUCAGGCAUGGAAUGGCAAGGAGAGUGUGAGCAAACACAGGGUCUGGCUACUGCACACAGUUAGGCAUGCUGGCUGCUGCAGCAAGGCAAGCAGCUCCAGUUGCCAGCACAGGUGCCAGCUCUCUGCGAGUCUGCAGCCAGACCAGGUGCACGGCAAGCAGCUUCCACGGCUAGCACCAGGGAACACAUUGGUGCCCAUAAACUUGGAGACACCAGGAAUUGCAGGGUCCCAGAGAGGGGGUCACAGCCCUGGCUUGGGGAGCUCCCAGAUCUGGGCUCUUUGAAGGGCUGCAGCUCUUCUUUCCUUCUCUUUGCCCCCAGUGUGGUGGGCAAGGGUCAUGUCUCAGCACUGUUUGUGUUACAGCUCUUUUAGCCUCGCCCUUUGGUGGGUCCCGAGUUUUUGUCCUGCGACCAGGAAGAAUGAGGUAUGCAGACAAGUGGAGAGUGAGCAAGACAAAGGGGAGCUUUAUUGACCAAUAGAACAGCUCAGAAGAACCCUGCAGGGGGCAGCUUCUUUCUGUAGCCGGGGUAUCCCAACAAGUAUUCAGCUCCUAGCAGAGAGGGUAGCUCCUCUCCACUAGGCCAGUCAUCCCAACAAAUGUUCAGCUCUCAGCAGAGAGGUGCCCCCCAGUUGGUCCAUGGCGGCCAUGGCUGGCUGGGAAAAGCGCCAGGAGUUCCCACUCCUGUCAGUGGUACUGGAAACCCAGACCCUAGCCUUCAGGCCCUCCCUGGACUGAAGGUGGGGCCUCACCCAAGACCUACCCCCUUACCCCCAGGAGCCCGUCUGCCUCCUGCUACCGUUCAUGGCACCCAGGCUAUAGGUGCCAAGGGGCGCCUGCAGGCCAGCACCAAGCUGCUCUCAGCCCCUCCCUCA